GAAUUCAGAGUCAAGGAAAGAUAGCAUAGGGAUACUUUGCAGACUCAGAAAAACCCACCAUCUUUCGAGUUGCAGAAACAGCUUGUCUACAAUGAUCCUGCUUGGCUGAAGGCUCAAUCUCUAUAUGAAUGAGGUAUCCUUGAAUCUACUGCUGAUUUCCAUAACAGCAAAUGUAAAGCAGCUUUGGCAUUGUUUUCUGGGGAAGGGAGAGAUCUACCUCCCCACUCUGAGGAUUACAAACUUCUGUCUCCUUUGGGAGAGAAGGGGGGGAGCUGUCUUCUAGAGGAUGUCUGAGAAAAGCAAGCAGGGCUGGGUUUUGGAGAGGCAGUUCACACCCCCUGUGUGUAUGCGAUUAUGCUUUGGUGAGAGAAGAUGCCACAUUGGCUCAGGUUUAGCGGGGAAUCUCCAGCAUUGCCCUCUUAAGUGCAACUAGGCACUACGAGAGGGGAAACACUCCUUGGUUUCAGCACUAGGACCAUAGACAGCUCUCUCGUUAAGGGGAAAGACUCCACAUAGUGUUAGGGCAGCUGUAGUUCAGCACUUCGACAGCUCCCUGGAUGUAGACAGCGAGGCUGAGCUAAGCAGUUCAGCACCCGGACAGCUCCUUCGCGGGAGGAAAAGGGUACUUUACCAUAUAGUUCAGCACUUGGACAGCGCUCACGUAGUAGAAGGAGACCGGGCACUGCAAUCCAGCACUUGGAUAGAUCCCUCGCUGGAGCAAAAGGGAGGGCGACGCGUCGUUCAGCACAGCUCCCCCCCCCCCCCCCAAAAGCGGGCUCUUCCGUCAGACAUCCCGCCUCCCCGCUGGAUCCUGGCUAUUACUCCAGCUUGGCAAAGUGAUCGGAGCUCAUUCUCUGGGAAGCAGCAGAAGGCGGCAAAAAUACAUCCUCCACUCUCCAAACCAGGCUUCCAGGGAGCUUCCCCCGCAUCCCUUGGCUUCCUCUAUCGCAGAUUCAGUUUGGGGGAAGUUUGGACCUCAGGAGGUGCUGGACCAUGAUACCACCCAGUCUGGGACCCUGGAUGCUCCUUCUAUUUUUCUAUGCAACACCCAACAGCGUGGCUGAGCAAGAAGUGGAAAACCUCUCGGGACUCUCCCAGGACCCCGAAAAGGCGAUUUUUGUCGUCCGUGAAAACGGCACGACUUGUCUGAUGGCGGAAUUUGCCGCGAAGCUGAUCGUCCCUUAUGAGGUGUCGGCCAGCAAUUUUGUGGACACGAUCACGGAGCAAGCCUCCAUCCCGCUUUCCCGCGGGGCGGAAGAGCGAGGGAAGUGCGGCACCAACGAGUCCGAGCUCCACCUCUCCUGGAUGGACAAGGCCUACACGCUCCGGCUUUACUUCCUCAAGGAGAGCCGUAACACCAGCGCGGGCCCCGAGGCCUGGUGGAAGAUGAGCAAGGUCCAGUUCACCUACGACAGCUCGGAGCGCACCUACUUCAAGGCCCCCGUCAACCCUGGGAAGCACACGGUCACUACGCGUCAUCUUUCAGCUUUAGUUACCCCGGCUGGAAGAUCUUAUGAAUGUGAAGCUCAGCAGACCAUCACCCUGCCUGCCAGUGACCAUCAAAAAUCAAUACUUCUCUUGCUAUCAGAGGUCCACAUACAGCCCUUUGACAUCAGCUCUGAUUUUGUUUUCAGUGAAGAACAUAAAUGUCCAGUUGAUGAAAGAGAACAAUUAGAAGAAACUCUUCCUCUUGUGCUGGGCUUGAUCUUGGGACUGUUGAUUGUGAUAACCCUCGGUGUUUAUCAUCUCCAUCUCAAGAUGACAGCAAACCAAGUCCAAAUUCCACGGGACAGAUCUGAAUAUAAGCAUAUGGGAUAGUUGGCAAAGGAACCAAUAUGUGGGGGAGGGAGGAGCACCUCUUAUGUAGAGAACGAGGAAUUCUUGACUGGACUAUGACCAAAUGGAGGGGGCAAGGGUGGGAUGGGGUGGGAUGGGAUGGGGUGGGCUGGGAUGGAGAAGCAGCCAUUUCUUAAAAGUCUAUGCUUAAAAGGGAGGCUUUCCUUCCCUGAAUACAGAGGACAACCUUUGUUUCAUUUAUCAAAUUCUCAUCCAUUAAUCAAUGGAAGAAUCUGGGAACAUGGUAUUUGUUUUGCUUUCAAAAAAAUUACCAGCCAUUGCUUCUGCUACUGCUGCUAACUAGCAGGAGUUGGAAACUUGUGGCCUUCCAGAUGUUAUUGCACUACACUUUCCAUCAUUCCUUACCCUUUUCCAUGUUGGCUGAAGCUGAUAGGAGUGAAGUCCAUAAACAUUUGAAAGCUGAGAGCUUGUUUCAUGGUGAUGGAGGAAAUUAUUGCAAAUUUCCCCUUUUUCAUGCAGAAUCUUUGUUGUUGUGUGUUUUCAAAUAGUUUCUGACCCAUGGUGACCCUAAGGUAAAUCUAUCAUGGAGGUUUCUUGACAAGAUUUGUUCAAAGGGGGCUUGUCUUUGCCUGCAUCUGAGGCUAAGAGAAGGUGACUUGCCUAAGGUCACCCAAUGAGUUUCCUUGGCAAGGAUUUGAACUUUUGUUCUGAGAGUGCCAGCCCAAUGCCCAAAUCACUACACCAUGCUGGAUCUACAUCUUACACUUCUUAGAAAUAUACCAGGAGCAGUUGGAAAGCCAGCAGAAGCAAUCAUGAUGUCUGCUGAUGCUCAAGUUUGUGAGGCAGACAUUCCACUCUGUGUUUAUUUAUGAACAUCAAAGGUGAUCUCCAAAAUGCUGAACUUAUCUGCAAAAUAGUUUGGCACCUUGAACAGCUUUUUAAAGUUUAGACAAAAAGCUGGAAUAGAUAACUUUUCUCAUCUGAAACUAUCAGCCACCCAAGCUACGCUGCCAGAGAAAAAUAAAACCAGCUGGAAAAGGCCAGAAUUGAAACCUUAGGUGAUGGGACAUUGCUGUGCACCAAGGAGUUCUUUGAGGAAAAUUGGUCUCCGUCCUUUCAAGCAGAUGCUGUGAGACAGGAACAAGAUAUGGGAGGAGAGCUGUAUGUGUCACACAGUUCAAUCUGUAACCCUUAAGUGAACUGCUAUCCCCAGAUAUGUUGAGGAAGUUGUCCCAUCACAAUGUUCAGAUUCAUGCUAGGAUGACUACUGCAUGACACAAUAUUUUUCGCUCAGUACCAUAUCUUGAGAAAGCCACCAUGCAGUAGUGGUUUGAGUACUGGGCUACAAAUCUGGAGAACAUGGCUCUCUUAGCCAUGGAAAUCCACUGUGUGACCUUAGGCAAGUCAUACUCUUUUAGUCUCAGAGAACAGGAAGGGCAACACUCCACCAUCACAACACACACACACACAUACACACAAACACUGAAUAAAUGUUGCCAAGAAAAUUCCAUGAUAGGUUUUUUCUCAGAAUUGCUAUAAACCGGAAAUUAGUUGAAGGAAAACAACAUGUAUUUAUUCCACUAUUGCUCCCAAGGAAUAAUAUCUCUGGGAAAGAUCUGUCAACCUGGGAUUCUCUCAGACUCCACAAAUAUAACACUCAGAUUUUUAACUGCUUUGCUACAGCCUAUGAAAUCUGAGGUUUCUAGUUUGGUCAGAGUAACCAGAGGAGCUUUCUGGAUGAAAAUUCUAAAUGUGUCUCCUAAACUCCAAAUGUCAGGAUUCUAUAGGAUGGCUUCAUGGCUGUUAAGGUGAAAUCAGUGCUCUAACUCUGUACUAUGAAAUGGCCCCAGGUCCUGCUCACCAUGCAUGUAUUACACUGCAGCUCCUUUGAAGAAUGGUAGUUAGUUGCUUCCAUGUUAGUAAAUCUGCAGAUCCACCCUAGGUUUAACUCUGAAAAGAAGCUUUUCGAAAUGUUGGACCUUUUUAGCAAUUAGGUUCAGCAACUUGGAGAAUGAAGUUUUCGACUAAAGCCCAGAGUGGAUUUGCCACUCCAUGAACAUGGAAGCCACCAGGCACCAUGACAUCUCAACUUCAAUUCUCUUUUAAUCAGGGAAAAAGUAAGGUUCUCUGGUUUUAGCUCUAUGAAAAAAUGCUUGUUUUUUUCUUUUUCUUUUUUGGGAAUGCUUCAGCACCAGGACAGCAUUAAGGCUGUUUCUACUUGAAUCAUAAGGAGUGUCAUGCUAUUGUGAAGUAAGAAAUGCUUCUGGGCCAGGCACUUUGCAUGUAGUGUGACUGAAAAAAAUGCCUGCUGCUACAUGAUGAUUUCAUAAGACAGCAACAAGAAAAUGUUCAUAUUACUAUGCAGAUACCUUCAGGUGUUAUAAAUAUCAAUGUGUAAAUAUAUAUAUGGGGGAAAACCCAAACAAUCCUAAAAUAUGUUGCUUUACGCAUAGUAUUUUUAAAAUGUAUACAAAAUAUUUUGUUGGCAUAUAUAGUCACUUUGAUGUGACUUCUAUUGCUGUACAAAUAAGGAGAUGCAAAUAAAAUGUUGGAGGAUUCUCUAAAAGAGUA